UUACAUCCACACGUGCAGUUCAUGUUAUAUAAUCGGUAGUGCUACUGCUGUGUGUUUAAUGCACUGAGCCAGAGAGAGAGAGAGAUAAGGAGUGAGGGAUAGAGAGAGAGAGAGAUUGAGCAGUAGAAAAGAGGAAAACAAACACUGAAGCACAGGCAGCUAGAGCUAUGCAGGAUCAUGCCUCUCCUCCUUACUGAGUGUGUGUGUGUGUGUGUGUGUUAACCUUCCCAUCCACACUAGCCUGGACCUGGACCACAUGUAAGGGCAUCGCAGGUCGUCAGUCCUCACACUGCCUCAGGAGUUUUGCCGUUUCACACUGAAGACCAGUGUCCAGCACUGCAAGGAAAUGCUUAACCUGGUAAUUCUCAGCUGACUUGGCCAAGAGGAGGACGUUUUGUUGUUGUCUACGGAUCGGCAGCCCCUCGGGAUGGGAUUGCAAUGGCCUCUGCUGCUGUGGAUAGUGUGUGGGGCGAGUGUGGAAAUCUCAUCAGAUUCUGGGGCGUCUGUGAGCCCCAUUCUAUUACAGACCACAGCAGAGCCCACUGUUGAGGAAGAACAGCCAUAUGCUACAGAAACAACCACCAGCAGCACUGACAUAGACGUGAGCUGCGUGUCUCUGCUGCCGCCACGGCGGGGUUCCUACUACGUGGAGCACGGCACAGGGGUCUCCCUGAACUCCGUGCUGGUGUUCUGGUGCAGGGAGGGCUAUCAGCUCGUAGGGAGAGAGAGGGUAUCCUGCCUUCUCCAGAACGGCGCUGCCAAAUGGAGCCACCCUCGUCCAGAGUGUGAAGGACUGCCCAAACCGGACAGCCAUGGCCUCCUCAUGGCCAUAGUGGUCUCGGCGGUCAGUGGUGUGGUCAUCAUUGCUUUGACGGUGGCCUUUGUGGUGUGCUGCAUGCGGAAUGAGCAGCAGGUGAAAAAGAAGAAGACUCAACGCACUGGGAGGACCAGGGAUCGGCAGAAACGGAGGACAACAUCACGGAGGAGUGCAGCUUGGUUGGAGAGAGAACCUGGGGACUGGGAGGUGUUCCCUCCACCCAAGAUCUAUAACCUGUCCCAGCAGCUGGAGCCCCACACAGCCACCGUCAGCCCUACCUAUAGAGCGCCCACCCGCGGAUAUGAGAACAGGGGCUACAACAGGAGUCAGGACAGCCUGAUGAGGAGCCCCCCGGCAGGGCUGUACCACUCUGAGAUGCAGCUCCACCCCCACCUGGUGCUCCAGAGGAACACACCUGGCAGCACCGUCUACCUGCACAUCUCCGCACCUCCGACCCUCAAGGCCCAGCAGCGCCCUCCUGUCUGAACUCUCUCCAGGUGUCUUUGUUUGUUUCUUCUAGAUCCUUCUGUGGGGGGCAAACAAGCCCCCCCCCCCCCCCCUUACACAUUGGAACUGUCCAUACUGUGUACCAAGUUCACUGUUCACUGAUCCCUGGUGAAGGCCACCAUGUAGCCAGGACUGCAGAAAAUGAGCACUUUGUUUUUUAAGGAGUUUCUCUGCCAAGCACUUUGACGUUGGGCUGUCCUGUGUAGGGAGCAGCUGCUGUUCCUGCCUGCCUGCCUGGCACUCUGUCCUGUGUAGGGAGCAGCUGCUGUUCCUGCCUGCCUGGCACUCUGUCCUGUGUAGGGAGCAGCUGCUGUUCCUGCCUGCCUGGCACUCUGUCCUGUGUAGGGAGCAGCUGCUGUUCCU